CACGCCCAGAACCCAAUAACAGCGGAGCUCAAAGCGGGCAGAAUGCGCUCGGACGAGCCCCGAACUCCCGGUUCCGCGUCUCCAGAUGGGCAGAAAGGGGUCCUGGCUGCUAGCGAAGCCCACCGAGCGAUACAAAGACCCACCACAGUGCUGCUGAGCUGCUCCUCCACCAGGUUCUGCAGUCAGCUGUGAAGAUCACAGGCCUUUGCUGAUAUGGCAGGAAUAGGAAGACUCUCGGCCAGAAGCUCAGUGCUGCUGCUGUGCGAUAUGCAGGAGAAGUUUCGGCCCACCAUCUUCCACUUCACCAACGUUGUGAGCAAUGCAGCGAGGCUGCUGCAGGCUUGUCGGAUCCUGGCUAUCCCUCCGAUUUUGACCGAGCAGUACCCUAAAGGUCUGGGCCCCACCGUCCCGGAGCUGGGGGCCGAGGGUCUGAAGACUCACACCAAAACACGCUUCUCCAUGCUGACCGACACCGUAGAGGAGGAGCUGAAAAGCCUGGGGAACCCAAAGCAGGCCAUACUCUGUGGCAUUGAGGCCCAAGCCUGCAUCGCGUGUACAGCCUAUGACCUGCUGGAGAGAGGGAUGGAGGUGCACAUUGUUGCAGAUGCUGUUUCGGCUCGAAGUCAGACGGACCGCUUGUUUGCUCUGUCGCGGCUGAAGCAGAGCGGCGCGUUUCUCACCACCACAGAGGGAGUCCUGCUGCAGCUGGUGCAGGACGCGAAGCACCCCAACUUUAAAGAGAUCCAGAAGCUGCUGGCCCAUCCUUCUCCAGACACCGGGCUCCUGGCCUUCUUCAGCUCGCUGUAGGACUGCAUGCACUACACAGCAGGACGCAGCAUUAUCAGUUAGUGCUGCACGCUGUCACAGUAUGCAAAUGAGCCCUGGGUUUUACUGUGAGCCGUGAGCCUCCUGAACCAAUCACAGCUCAGCUUCUGUGGACAACAAUAAACAUGAAUGUGAAUCAUUGUACUCAUAUGUAAUGCAGGUCAUUCUUCAGUCAUGUCACAUCCAGCGUGAUUGUAUUGCUUCAUAUCAUCAUCGCAAUUGUUUUGGUCUCUGUUGCGCACUAAGAUUCAUUUAUCUGUAUCAAAUCAAGUUUCUUUUUGACAUCGAACAAUUGCACUCUCGAAUGCACUGCAUUGCGUACUGUAUAUGCAUUGUCAACAAUACAGUAAUAAAUAGAUUAAACAAA